CUGCUGCUCAUACAUACAGAGCGACAAGUCGUCAGCAAACGGUCACACAUACAGUUUGUCACCCCUGAACUCUGACAUGCAGGAUUGAGAAGACUGUGACUGAAAGAAGCAAGAGCAAAGAACAAAAGAAAGGACAGCUCAACAUCUUCCACAGGCGAGGGCCGGCUACAAUAAUUAACAAAGCUAUUCAUAGAAACUACACUUCUCCCGCCUGAAGCGCUCAUGGCUGUGACGGUUGGCAGUGUGUGUGUCGCUGUGACUCUCCUCAUGUGUGUCCUUGGAGGCCAAGCGGUGGACCUGCUGAGGGCAAAGGCAACAUCAGGGUUUUCUCCCGCCACUCCCAAGGUGCAUUGCUGGUGUGCAGGCUAUCCCAACUUGACUGCUCAAUGCUCCUGGCCUGAACCUUCUCACUCCACAUCGCUCAUACACUACAUUGCCACCUGCAGCGAGAGAAACAGGCCGACGGUCACCACACAGUGCCAGUUCAUCCAACCUGGUUCAGCAGCAUCAUCCUCCUCAUCUGAACGGCUCUUGCACUGCACCCUGCCCAACCUGAAACUCCUCACCGACUACAUCCUCAAUGUCACAGCCGUGACUGCUUCUGGUGAAAGCAGCUCCCAUCUAUCAAGUUUCAUGUUGGAGGACAUAGUGAAACCAGAUCCUCCCGUAGACGUCCGGGUUUCCCCUCUUAAUAUCAGAAACUUGUUGGUGGAGUGGUCUCCUCCCCCUACUUGGGCUAACCUGAACAUCUUCCCCCUAAAAUACCAGAUACUUUACCAGUGGGAAAGCAGGGGCACCCCAAGGUCUAUCAAUCUGGGUCCAUUCGAGAGCACCAAGAUUGAGCUGAAGGGGCUGACGCCGGGAAGGCCUUACCUGUUCCAGGUGUGUGCUAUGGAGCUGCUGGGUCUGGGCAAGUGCAGCGACUGGAGCUUACCUGUAAAAGUCACCAUACCAAGAGUGAAACUGUAGAGACUCACUUCAGUCUCACUUCCUUUUUCAUUUAACCCGGCUCCUUUUGAGCUAGCGGUGAAGUAAAACUGAAGAAUCGCUGACCUCUUUGUUUUUUUAAGCUGCACAGGCAAUGCAAACAGUAAUUAUUAAUAUUUAUAAUAUUUUAUUUUAUUUAUAAAGGAAUGACUGUGUUUUUUUGUAAUACUGUGGGUUUGUGAUAAUACAUGAACGAUAAAACACUAUGAUAAUAAGUCAUGAUGUUAUUAAAGACACAUUUUUGCAUCA